AUGGCUUCUUAUCUCGUGACCGGUGUAAACCGUGGCAUCGGUAUUUCUAGUGACACCGACAACGUUGUAAUUGGUACCGUCCGCAACAAGGCUUCCAUGGAGAAGAAACUCAUCGAUGAGCUUGCAAACCGACCCAAUAUACAUAUAGUGGAGGUUGAGAUGACCAUAUAUCAAGAAAAGAAGAUUGACACACCUAAAAUGAACUCCGUCGACAUUGUGUCCAAGAUCACGGGAGGGAAGCUCGAUUACAUUAUCGCCAACGCGGGAUAUAUCUCUGACUCGUCGGCAUACGACCCCAUCGGCAAGCUAGGAGACUCCCCCAAAGAACUUGAAGAGGACCUUUUGCAUUGUUUCAAGGUCAACGUCGUUGGCAAUAUUCACCUCUUCAACCUCUACAUGCCUCUAGUACUCAAAGGAAAUGUCAAAAAGGCCAUCACCCUCAGCUCGGGCAUGGCCGACAUUGACCUGAUCAACCAAUACCGGCUUGACGUCGCCGCUCCAUACUCUAUCAGUAAGGGGGCGAUGAACAUUGCAGUCAGCAAGUUCCACGCUCAGUACGCUGGAGAUGGAGUCCUCUUCAUGGGUAUCUGUCCUGGAAUGGUCGAGACUGGUCAUAACGACAAUUUGAGCCAGCAGCAGUUGGAGGGUGCCAUGCGAACGGCGGCAAUUUUCAACGAGUACGCCCCUGGCACCAAACCAAGGGCUCCAGAGGACUCUGUUGGAGAUGUUAUGAAGGUUAUCUACGAGUCUAGUCUCGAGAACGGUCGUGGAGGUGCCUACAUUUCUCACUUGGGAAACAAGAGAUGGUUGUGA